GCGGCCGCGGCGCGGUACCGGGCAGGCCGCGGCGGCGGGGGGCAGCGGGACCGGCACCGGGGGGUUCGGAGAGGGAGGCAGAAACGGGCCGAGGGGAACGAAGCGCCGGCAGGGCCUCCUGAGGAAGCCGGGCUGUGUUAGAUGAAAAUGGAGGACUAUGAAAUAUUCUGUAAGAAGCAUUUUACCAGAAUCCAAGGAGAGGCAAUGAGGACAGAAACCUCUUUCAUUGUUCAGCACAAAAAUAUCUCCUUCAUUCAGUUCCAUGGAGUUCCUGUGCUUUCACCCCUGCUGAACUUUGAAAAGAAAAAGGAAAUAGAGCUGUAUAAACAGAAAGCACUGGAUCUAGAGACCUGGAGACAGAACUCCAAGAAAAGAGCUUUAUUGAAUCGUGUUCAGGAGAUUCUAGAAAAUGUUCAGAUCAGGAAGGGAUCUAGUGCAAGUGACGUGAACACAAGGGAGGGUGAGAAUACGUGCCCUGCUUCAGACUCAAAAGCUUUGACUGACCUCACAGCUCCAUCUGAUGCCAAUUUGCCAUGUUCUCCUAAACAGCAUGGUCCCUCAGAGCUUGAAAACACUCCAGAACUUGUGUCAUCAGAUACGGUGGGGCAAGUGACAUCAAAUGUGACAGAAGUAGUUCAAGCAGCAGAAGAGAAUGUUUUUUCAAAGCAAAGCGAGAGUUGCUUCUCCAAAGACAUAUCUUGUCCAAGGGCUGCAUCUCCUGACAGCACGCAUAGUAAGCUUGCGUCACACGCUUUGCAAAAGCAAGAGGGAGCAGCAGUGCCAUCAUCUGACAAGGAAGUCCAGGAUCCAUACGUAAUGAGCCUUCAGAACCUGCUGAAAAAAUCCAGGGAGUACGUAGAGAAAGAGCAAACGAGGCGUGGCUCAAAAAGUAAUUCAAAGAGGAGUAUGAGUGAAAGUCAUUCAGACAAAGAAAAUGAUGCAGUUAAAACAACUGAUUCUGUGAAAGAGCGAGCAAAGCUUACAGGCAGAAAUUCCACUGCUGUGCCGCUUGAUAAGUCCAGUCUUAAUAAAUCAAAUACCCUUCUCCAAGGUACCUCUGCUCAUACCAAUAACACAAGUAUGUCAACUUUAUCUAGUUUUUCUAAAGUGGACAUUCCUAUGAGAGUUGGAACACCCCCUCUGGUGGAUUCAGAUUCAGAUGAAGAAUUAAAAAAUACUUCUGUGGUUGAUCGUGACAGUAGCAUUGUCAGGAGCCUCAUGGGAUCGUAUACCAAAUUGCCAAGCCCAGAGCCAAGCAUGAGUCCUAAAAUGCACCGAAGGCGCCCAAGACCUCUAUCGAUGGGACACAUAGUUAUAAACAAUCCUGUGAAUGCUUAUGAAUUGAGCCCUAAAGGCAAGGGGAGAGCGAUGGAUUUAAUCAUGCAAGAUAUUGCUGAUAAAAAUAAUGUGUCUGAAUCAGUGCCAAAGUUCAUGGUGGACUUCUCUAUGCUUUGCCCUAGCAGAGUUCCAGGUGUCAUCAGAAAUUCAGCAGCUCCCUGUGAUGGGUUGGUGGUUGGCAAACCAAAUCGACAUACCUUUGGGCACUUGGAAAGCAAGGGGCCGUUGUCUGCUACAGUGGAAGGACAGGUGGCGGUGGACAGCAGGGGACCAUAUAAAGUAGAGACUGCUGCUAAUACUGCAGCUCCAAAACUGAAUGAGCCAUUUACCAUCAGUCAGUCUACAGUAACACAGAAGCUCCUAGCAGUGCAUGAAACCAAGCCGUCUAGUUUGCUGGAAAAUACUAAAUGUAAUUCUCCAGUAGAACUCAAUAAAUCUUAUGAUGUAGAAAACCCAUCCCCGCUGCUAACACAGGGCAAGAAUAUGCGUCAGCAGAUGGAUACUCCAAGUGUUUCCCCAGCAAAUGAGCAGUUUCUGGAAAAUAACUUUGAAAAGGUAAAACGUAGGCUUGAUUUGGACACUGACAAUGGCCGAAAAGAAAACGGUUCCUGUGCUGUAACAGAUGGAAUGGAAGAACAAGAGAAGCAGUGGUUGCAAGAACAGAGAUAUUCUGUGGGAUCAGUUUACGUUACCAAGAAUGCAGCUCCUGAUCCAAGUAUAGUAAAAGAAGAGAUUUUAAAAACUAAAAUGUUGGCCUUUGAAGAAAUGAGGAAGAGGCUAGAAGAACAGCAUGCACAACAACUGUCGAUUCUGAUAGCUGAACAAGAGAGAGAACAGGAGAAACUGCAGAAGGAACUGGAAGAACAGGAAAGGAAGCUGAAGGGAAAGAAGGUUGCUACAACAGAAAUAGAAAUUUCCAAAGUGAACAUUAACAGUAGGAUGGAGUUGGAGUGGAGAAAAAGUGAAAGUGGCUUACUGGAGAGCGUGCAGUCUCAGCUGGAGACAGUACAUAACACAAACUCAACCAGCAUUGGUUUUGCUCAUACUACAACACCUAACACCUUCACUUCAACAAGUGAAACUUCAUUCUACCUCUGGGGACCAUCAGGUGGUGGAGUUAUAAAAACCUCAGUAUCUAGGCCAAGUAACAGGAUCAAAACUAGGUGGACUCAGGUUUUCAGUCCAGAGAUACAAAUGAAGUUCAGUAAGAUAACUGCUGUGGCAAAGGGAUUUCUUACUCGUAGACUCCUGCAGACAGAAAAACUGAAACAUCUUAAACAAACUGUAAAAGAUACUAUGGAGUUCAUAAGGAACUUUCAGUCUGAAGCCCCAUUAAAAAGAGGAAGUGUUUCAGCACAAGAUGCAUGCCUUCAUGAAAGAGUAAUGGCUCAGCUGCGAGCUGCUCUGUAUGACAUCCAUGACAUAUUUUUUACAAUGGAGGCAUCUGAAAGAAUGAAUAUUCUGCGUCAUGAUCGUGAAGUUCGUAAAGAGAAAAUGCUCAGGCAAAUGGAUAAAGUAAAGAGUCCAAGAGAGAGAGCAACACUUUCAACAGCUACACAGAAAUCUCUGGAUAGGAAAAAGUACAUGAAGGCUUCAGAAAUGGGAAUGCCAAGUAAAAAAAUAAUCAUAAAACAAAAAAGUCCUGAAAGCCGAGUGCUUCAACCAAAUCAAGGACAAAAUGCUCCAGUUCAUAGAUUGCUUUGCAGACAAGGAACCCCUAAGACCUCAAUGAAGGGGGUUGAGCAAAAUAGAAAGAAGGCCUCAGAGAGCAGAGUGUCUAACAAGGCUGUUCCAGGAGCAUAUGCAGGAAGAACCCAAAGAAAGAAGCCAAAUGUUGUGACAAUUUAAGACGACAGCACUCACUGGGAUAAACAGGCUAUUUUUUAAUGAUGGCAUUCUCAGCGUUGAUUCAAGUAUUUCAUGCCCUAAAUUUAUGUGUAUUCAAAAACGAUAAACAUACUUUGUUUUUUUCCAAAUGAUGACAUAUUCAUACAGUCAUAUUUACAUAAUAAAGGGCUGCAAAGCUCUAGUACUGUGGAAAAUUGCAUGUUGAACUUAUUAGAUCUUCAUACUACUGUGUACACUUAAGAUUCAUAAUGCUAUUUAAAGAAGACCAUAGAGCAACAUCAAGUUAAUUCAUGACUUAACACUCUGUAAUUCUUGUAUCUCUCAUACAAUUUUUGUAUGACUUAAAAUUGCAAUUUCUGUGUAUGGUUGCCACCAUAAAUAAGUCAUGCAUAUAUAUUUUUAAUUUCAUACCAUAAAGUUAAAUCAGUUAAAUAAGCAAAAAAAUAAUCCUUAAACAAAUUGAGCUCUUCAGUCAGUGAAUGUCAGCAGCCUUUCUGGAUGUAUUUGUGUAAAUGCGAUUACCUAACUUGAUGUCUGCUGAGUUGAACAGAUACAGAUACAGAUUAACUACUGGACAGACAGAUGCACUUGCAAAGACUGUACCGAAACUGCCCCGUUAUGCACAUGGUAGAUCAAACCAUUGUGCUAGAAGUCCUAUGAUUUUUUUUCCUUCCUGUCUGUGGCAUUUUGUUACAAAAAUUUUAGCCAAGAUUAAGAGAAGUAUAUGUUCAACAAAAACAUUAUAAGGCAAGUUUUUAAUAGUUUUAUCAUUUCAGACUUGCACACAAUUGUGUAUAAUAAUAAUUCAUAUGCUUUAUGUUUUCUUUUUGACGAGUACAGUUUUUCUGAGCAGUUUCUCUUGUACCAUGAUCUAACAGCCCUUGUACUGAAAUCAUGUUUCCUGGUUUCGG